AUGAUCAUCAAAUACAAAACAAAGUUAUUAGUCUUGAUCUUUACGGUAAUAUGGAAAGUUGGAAUAAUUGAAAAUGCUAUUUAUAGAAAAAAGGAAAGGUUUGUAUUACCUAAAUUUUGGAAUGUAAAAGAGAGAUUCACAUACAUUAGGAGAAAUAACACUCGUUCAUUUGAUCCUAUUAUGGAGGAAACAAAUCUUUCAAAAGUUGACUCAAAAAAUGAUAAUUAUUUUUAUCAACAAGAUUUAUUUACAAAAGAAGAGAAAAAAAACUACUUAGAAAACAAGUAUCAACAUUUGGAAACAAUUAGAGAAGAUUUGAUUAGAAAUUGGGCAUUUAACAUUAAAUAUGGUUCAAGUAAAGUGGUAAAAGAAACUCACUUUAGGAUAAUUAUGUACUUUGUUAAAAAAACAACUGGGUCAAAAAUAAUUAAAAAAAACCAAGUAAUUGAUGAAAUAGACAAAAAAAACAUCUUAAAUAGACAAGACCCCUAUGAAGAUCCAGUAUUCUUCAAAUUAGAUAGAACAGAAAAAACCGAUGAAUUCUUUAAAGAGUUGUCUAAACCAAUUAAAUCAAUUCAAAAUUGUUGGGAUAUUUAUUCAACAAUUACCAAAAACUAUAGUUAUGAAUUAUUUGAAAAAGAAUUUGAUUCUUUUAUGGAUUCUGAAACUCAAGAUUCCACUUCUAAUGAUGAAGAGAAAGAUAAUUUUCAGGAAAUUCCCAAAAUUGAAAAAAGAAAAUUUGAAUACAGCAAAGAAAUAUUUGAAAAAAUGGGAAUCAAAGAUGCUGUUAAACUUGUAGAAUCUGUUUCAAAUAUUCCAAAAUUACCUAAAACUAGUAAAAUCUUAAGUAAACACCAAGACAAGAGAAAGUUCUUACUAAGGCUUACAUGUGAAUUUUACAUGAAAGCAAUGAAAGAGAUUGAGGAUUAUUUAAGAGAUGAAUAUGAACAAUAUGAUUUUGAGCUACUCCAAGUUAAAUCCAAAAUCUACAAUACAUGGCAAAAACUUUACUUAAGGUCCCCAAGUAAUGGUAUGUGGUACUUGUUCAAACAAAUUAUUCCAAUUCGAGGAGAUUUAACAGUAUUUGGUCUCAGCAAUGGAGAUUUGCCUCUUUUGCCAACUAAAGAAAAAAUGUCCAUUCCUGAUAUUCCUCCAGAUUUCUUUGAGUAUACAACUAUGCCUAAGUCAUGCUCCAAUAAUUUAGUUGCCUUAUCUUUAAAUAAUGGUUACAGAAUUCAGCUUGGGAUUUCCAAAACUCCAAAAUAUAUCCAAUUUGGUAAAUUGUACAGGUACUUUGAACAUUCUCUCACAAUCUCUUACACAUCACUCAAUUUAUGUAUGAGAACUAUUAAGUUACAAACUUUCUUUCAAGCAUAUUAUUACCAAACUGUUAAUGAGUAUAGACCAGACCCAAGCAGCUCCUUCUAUUGGCAAACUCCUGAUUGGGAUUCACUUUCUGGAUAUAUUAGUUAUAUCCCACCCGGGAAUACUACACUCUUUCCUAGUAGAAAUCAAUUUGUAUGGUGUCUUCUUUGGACUACUACUGAGUAUACCAGAACAUUUGCAAGAUUUAGAGUCAAUCCAAUAAAAGUCAAUGUUAAAGACAUUUUACAUAUUCCAAUGAAGAUGCAAAAAAUUGGAACCAAGCCUGAUCUAGAGGCUUGUUUCAUACUUAUUAGAUAUUUCUGGCUUGCAAAGCUUAUUAGAAUCAAUAAAAGAAAAUAUAGGCCAUUAAGAAAAGAUUCUCCUCACGAUGUAAUUAUGGAUUACUCUUCAAUUUACUACAUUUGUGUUGCUAUCCUCAAAUGUAGAGUUACAUUUCAUAGAUCAUAUCUCAAGCACUUUAAACAAGAAGAUAUUAAUCCAGCAAUUGAGAAAGUAUAUGAUACCCAAGAUCCUCAUGGGGAGUAUAAUAACUUGAAUAACAGAUUUUUAAUCCUCAGCAUUCCAAAGCUAAAGUCUUUGAAAAAAGUUAAGGUUAUUCUUUACGGGGUAGUUUCUACUGUAUUAUUUGGAGCUCUAACUGGAAUCACUCUACUUAAUAUUAUUACAAACAAUCAAAUUCCUAGUAAUCAAAUCAUGAGGUCUGGAUACCACAAUUCUCUUCAGGAUCUCAACAUUAUAAAUAAUCUCAGACUCUGA